CGUAAUGGCAUAAUAACAAAAAACAAACAAACAAAAAUGUCAAUGUAUUUUUAAUAUUAUAUUAACUCUGACACCUCCAUGUCCUGUGGUGACACUAGUGAGAGUGUCACACUGUCCGGAUGUUUUGUAUCGCAGGCGGUAGUAAUCCCCUGCAGUGGCUGACAGACUGAGUCAGUGAGGAGGAGAAGGGAAGUUUUGCAGUCGUAAUCUAUCUGAACAGCAGCAUCAUGGCGGAGCAGAGUGAAUCUCCUGUUCAAGUCCAAAAUCCACAACCAGCACAGCCUACCAGCUGGCCCAUUAGCAGGGAUUCGUAUGAGCUCCAGGAGGUGAUCGGUAGUGGUGCUACAGCUGUUGUUCAGGCAGCUCUUUGCAAACCCAGACAGGAGCGAGUUGCAAUAAAGCGAAUCAAUUUGGAAAAAUGCCAGACAAGUAUGGAUGAACUGUUGAAAGAAAUUCAAGCAAUGAGCCAAUGCUAUCACCCAAAUGUGGUUACUUACUAUACUUCGUUUGUUGUAAAGGACGAACUUUGGCUGGUCAUGAAGUUACUAAGUGGAGGAUCAAUGUUGGAUAUCAUUAAGUACAUAUUCAGCAGAGGGGAACAUAAGAGUGGAGUCCUUGAUGAGCCAAUAAUAGCAACUAUUUUAAAAGAAGUGUUAGAAGGGUUGGAUUAUCUGCAUAGAAAUGGACAGAUUCACAGGGAUGUGAAAGCUGGCAAUAUUCUUUUGGGAGAAGAUGGGUCAGUGCAAAUAGCUGAUUUUGGAGUUAGCGCAUUCUUAGCAACAGGAGGCGAUGUUACAAGAAACAAAGUUAGAAAGACCUUUGUUGGCACUCCAUGUUGGAUGGCACCUGAAGUUAUGGAGCAGGUACGAGGUUAUGACUUCAAAGCGGAUAUUUGGAGUUUUGGGAUUACAGCUAUUGAAUUAGCUACAGGGUCUGCUCCUUAUCACAGAUAUCCACCCAUGAAGGUUUUAAUGCUGACCCUACAGAAUGAUCCUCCUAUUUUGGAUACAGGUGUGGAGGAUAAAGAAAUGUUAAAAAAAUACGGGAAAUCUUUUAGGAAGCUAAUAACACUGUGCCUUCAGAAAGACCCUACCAAAAGGCCAACAGCAGCAGAACUUUUGAAAUGCAAAUUCUUCCAAAAAGCCAAGAACAGAGAGUAUCUGAUUGAAAAACUACUACACAAAGCACCGAAUAUAGCCCAAAGAGCAAAAAAGGAACCUGAGCAGAACCCUGGGAAAACAAGCAUGGUGUCAGGUUCUGAGAGAGAACAGGAUGGCAACAGAAGGGUUAGAAGAGUCCCUGGGUCCAGUGGUCAUCUUCAUAAGACUGAGGAUGGAGACUGGGAGUGGAGUGAUGAUGAGUUGGAUGAAAGGAGUGAAGAGGGAAAAGCUGCAGUCAAUCAAGGAAGGUCACGAAGGUUAAGAAAAGAAAAUGAAGAGAAUGUUGUAAAUGCCAGCAGUGAUCCUGUCCAGGAGCUGUCCACUGAGGUUCCUCAGGUGCACCCUCUUGAGACUUCUCAAUACAUCCAAGGGCCGUUUGCUAUAAAUAUGGUUUUACGAUUGAGGAAUGCUAGAAAGGAACUGAAUGAUAUACGUUUUGAAUUUACACCAGGAAGAGAUACAGCAGACGGUGUGUCUCAGGAGCUGUUCUCUGCUGGCCUUGUGGAUGGACAUGAUGUAGUUAUCGUUGCUGCUAACUUACAGAAGAUUGUAGAUGACCCAAACACUUACACAAUCUUGACUUUCAAAUUGGCUUCUGGGUGUGAUGGAAACGAGAUCCCUGAUGAGAUCAAACUGAUUGGGUUUGCCCAGCUGAGCAUCAGCUGAUAUUUCCUGUUACCUGAUCUGUGUGGAACACUAGGAUCAGCUGAAAGAGAAAAAAAAAGAGAGAGUAAAGCACCUUAGACAGAAUUCUGCUUCAUUCCCCGGCACUUCACUGGACCCUACAGCCACUCCUUGAAACACUGCUAAUAUUCAAGAGAGCAUUGAAAAACCAUGGAAGGCACUUGAGGGCUUAUUAAAAAAAAAAGAUAAGAUGUAUACUCAGGUGUAUACUAAUAUUCAUUAAUAUUAAGCAGCAUAGCAGUUUUAUUUUUUAACGUUACCUCUGCGUUUGGCAUAGCUUUUAAUGUUUUUUCAAGUAAUGUAUUGGAGAAAUUUU